AUGAUCUUCUGGCAAACUUUACCCUGGCAAGGGGCAGCAGAAGUCCGAAAACAAAUCCAUGCAAACGCUGUGGCCAAUGAUAUACCAAAGAGUAUCAGUGGGAUAAAUUUAGCUGUGCUGCCUCCUGGUGAUAUAGCAACACAGGACUUUGAAGAUUUUGUAUUACAACAUCAAGCUACUAUAGACAGAGAUCCUUACAGACAUUUAUUACAAUUUCCUGAUGAUGACAUCGAAGUGCAACAAGUUCCAAGAAUAUGUCGGACACUCAAGCCUAUCAUGCCUGAACCCGAGGCUGAGACAGAUCCACAUGUUGUGGAUUGCGUCAGGCUGUACACCUCAGACUAUACAACUGUUGUACGAAAGUAUGAAAAAUACAGUUCAAGUGCAUGCAACAAAGAGAAAAUUACUGACAAGGAAAACUUUCCAUUGCAAGAAUAUGAAAUUGACGUGGAAGAUGUUUUGGUGGAACCGGAGAAGGACACUCCAAAGCGUCAAUCUAUGCAAAUGAGUGACACACCUCGAGGUAGUUGGGCCAGCAGUAUAUUUGACUUAAAGCAAUCACAAGCAGAUCCUCUUGUAAAAUCUCUUUUUGACAGAAUCCCUGCUGAAGAUGUGGACCGUAAUAAUGAUAAUCAGAGAAAACAAAAUAGACAAGCUUCCAUCUUCAGCUUGUAUCCUUCAUUAGAUGAGGAUGAAAUUGUUGGAAGGAGAAUGCCCGCAGAGAUGCCAAAGGAACAUUUUGGCCACAGGAUAUUGAUUAAAAUUUUACAAUUAAAGUUAGAAUUAGAAAUGGAACCUAUAUUUGCCUCAUUAGCUCUCUAUGAUGCUAAAGAAAAAAAGAAGAUUUCUGAGAAUUUCUACUUUGAUUUGAACCCCGAAUCCAUAAAUAAGAUGAUCAGUUUGCACAUACCCUUCAAAGACCGGUCAACACGCAGUCAAAAUGCUAUAUUCAGUCUCACAUAUCCUUCUCCAGAUGUUUUCAUUGUAAUACGGGUUAGUUUGUCUUUUUUCCAAAAAGAACACUAG